AUGGAUCCUGGUGGCCAGGGGCCUAGCGACUCGACCAACUCGAGAUCUGGCUUCCCCCCGCCUCAAUCUGGGAUUGGGUGGGCCGGGGAGCCGGGCGAGAAUCUACCUCAGCCCUUUCCACAUGCCGCAUUCGAGCCCUACAGUAUCGGCCAUUACCUAGGAAACCCCGCUGCGUCGGCCGCUAGCCCUUUGAAUCUGACAGGCCCUAAUCCCAAAAUCGCCAUCCCCAAACUUGGGGUCGCUGCCAGGACCGACUACCCCAAAGUCCGAGUGGGGCGAGCAUGCGAGGCGUGUCGAGGUCGAAAGGUCAAAUGCAGCGGGGAAAGACCUGUUUGCUCGCAAUGUGAGGCAAACCAUAUUCCGUGUUUGUACAAGGACCCAAAGGUAGCACGCGAUCGGAAAGCCCUGGAAAGGCUUGCAAAGAAAACGAAGCAAUAUGAGUCGCUUCUUGAAGAGAUUGAAAAAAGCUUGAAGGGGAGUACCGGGAAGCGGAUUCGUCAGGUCCUCAAUGACCCGGACGGACGCAUGGAAAUUGACAAUGAUUGGAUGGAAGAUCAAAACGACCGUGUUGAUGAUCCUGAUGAUGAAAACUCCGAUGUUUCGUCGGUUGGAUCAUUUGAUGGUAUUGACACAGCGCAGGAAGACCUUCAACGAGAUAGUGAUGCCGCAGCCACAGGAUUCUAUGGAAAAGGCUCUGACGUAUCAUGGAUGCAACAAGUCGAAGAGAGGCUCAGGACAUCUGACUUCACGAUAGGGAAAACCCCGAUGUUUGGGCCUUUCGCCGGAGAGGGCCAAUCUGCAGUGAUGACUCCAAUCAAGGAACUCAGCUAUCACUUGGACGACCAGGAGCUCCCGCUUUACGAUCCAGCUCAGCUGUACACGCUACCACCAAGGAAUGUGGCCGAGAGGUACUACAAGACAUAUUUGAGAACCAUACACUCCUCGUUCAUGGUCAUCAGAGAACCAGUUUUCACGUCGCAGUUCGUACACGUCUAUCAGCAAACAGUCAACCCCCCUGGGGCUUGGCUGGCUGUUCUCAAUUUGGUCUUAGCGUUGGGAUGUCGCUAUUCCCAUGCCUGGACCGCCGUCGAGAAUUCCCUUGACCAUGUCUUUUUUAACCGGGCAAGGAAAUUGAGCAUGAGCGGAAAUGUGCUAUUCAAACACGCAGAUCUCCAACAGAUCCAAGUGGAAGCGUUAACAGCUAUAUACCUGAUAGAUUCAGGCCAUCUUAACAGGGCAUCGAAGAUUAUGAGCAUUGCCCUGCAAUCCGCCCUGAUCCUUGGGACCAAUCUUCGAUCCGAAGACCAGAACCUCGACCCAUUAUCCAAGGAGACACGCUAUCGAUUAUGGUGGACUCUCAGUUGUAUAGAAAAUUUCAUCACUUCCAACACCGGCAGAAUUUCUGGUUUGAAUGAAAACACAACCUCAGUCAGUCUGCCCAAUCCCUUUGACCCAGAAAUGGGCAGAACUCUUGGCCCUGUGAUAGACCCUUCGAAAGAUGGUCGCCUCAAGCCAUCGAUACUCCAAACGCCCGAAGAAGCAAUGGAAACCGCUCUCUGGUUGCGUAAAUCUGCACCGAGCCAGCCGCUUUUCUUCCACUGCCUAUCCGAUUUGGUGUCUAUACAUCAAUCUUUUCUGAACAGGGUAUACAGCAUAGAAGGCCUGCGGGAAACUCCUGCCAUUCUAAAGCAGCGGACUCAGAAGUAUAGCGAUGUCCUCGAUUCAUGGCUCUCGAAAGUCCCCGAAGUGUACAGAUUCACAGAUGCGACCGGCCAUUUCAGCCCUGAAGCUGUGAGUGGCGAAUUUGAAUCCGACCGAGCAAAACUGGCUAUAAGCUACUACAGCCUUCGGAUAACCUUCUGCCGUCCAUGCCUGACGAGCGAAAGCCAACGGCCGGAAAAUGAGGCAAAUGCCGCUUGUUCUCUUAUUCGUGUCCUUCCCGAUGACCCUGAUCUAAAAUGGCUGGCGUAUCAUACGCCCCGAUGGGGAAUUACACAUUACUUGAUGCAAGCAAUCACCGCUCUUUUACUUGGCCUCUUCAUGAGCCCGGCUACCUAUGAAGGUCCUUCGUCUCUUGUUGUUUUGACGCCAAGUCCCGGUGCCACUGAGCAGCCAGAUAUCAGUGUGAGCAUAGUGGUGAAUCAUCUUCAGAAAGCAGUCACCUGGUUGCACUGUCUUGCUUCUGCUGAUGCCUCAGCUGCGAGGGCAUAUAAAUUUUGCGAUAGCUGCAUCUCUAGGAUGGCACCCAUACUGAAUGUUGAUGUCAUCAAUCAGGAAGAAAAGGAUUGA